CUUUUUCGGGAUUUUCAGUUUUAAUAAUUACAUAAAAUAUGAAAUAAAAUUGUAUUAUAGAGACAAUUCUUUCGCCGUAUAAUAUAGUGAUAGUGAUAAUAAAUAUAAAAGGGAGUUUAAAAUGAGACUUACAAUACGAUUGUUAUCUUCUGUUGCGCGGAAAAGACCAUUUUAUGUUACCACACCGAUUUUUUACGUAAAUGCCGCCCCACAUCUUGGGCACUUAUACUCAGCACUGGUAGCAGAUGCAGUGCAGAGAUUUGAAAAACUCACAAACCCUGACUGUAACAUAAUAUUUAGCACAGGCACAGAUGAACAUGGUACAAAGAUUCAACAAGCAGCCGCCAAAGCCAACCUAUCUCUGUCAACAUAUUGUGACAAAAUAUCUCAAGAGUACAGAGAUCUGUUCAGAGACUUCAACAUUAACCAUACAGACUUCAUACGUACUACAGAAGAUAGGCAUAAGAAAGCGGUUGCACAUUUUUGGAAAGAAUUAGUAAAACGAGAUUACAUCUACAAAGCGAAAUAUUCCGGUUGGUACAGUGUCAAUGAUGAGGCAUUUAUACCUGAGACACAUUUGAGAGAUGAUAUUGUGGAUGGAGAAAAAGUAAAAGUAUCAAUAGAAUCUGGCCACAGUGUGGAAUGGACAGAGGAGACAAACUAUAUGUUCAGAUUGAGCGCAUUCAAAACACAUCUGCAAAAUUGGCUAAAAACAGAUGGUGUGGUAACUCCCAGCAGGUUUCAGAAGCAACUCUUGGACUAUUUGGAUAACGAGACUUAUUUCCCAGACAUUUCAGUCAGCAGACCUUCCUCCAGAGUACAUUGGGCUAUCAGGGUGCCAGGUGAUGAUGAUCAGAGCAUCUAUGUGUGGCUGGAUGCACUCAUCAACUACCUGUCGGUGAUAGGAUAUCCCGACGAUGAGGUGAUGAAGAGCAGCGGCAGACCUUGGCCUGCUGAUGUACAAGUUGUUGGGAAAGACAUACUCAAAUUCCAUGGCAUCUAUUGGCCUGCAUUUUUAAUGGCCGCUGGAUAUCAUCCACCUCGUCGAUUGUUGUGUCAUGCACAUUGGACAGUUGAUGGCAUCAAGAUGUCAAAGUCUCUGGGUAAUGUGGUCAACCCGAGACAAGUGGGGGCUCCGCCCUCAGCCCUUAGGUAUCUCUUACUGAGAGAGGCUACUAUGUCUUCUGAUGCCAAUUUCAGUGAGACUAAGUUAAUAAAUAUCGCAAAUGCGGAACUUGCUGACACACUCGGCAACUUGGCGGCUCGUUGCGCUGCGCCUGCGCUGAACAACUCUAACACACAGCAUCACAUCUCUGCGGAGACACUCUCUACUUGCAGGGGAGAGGAUACGACAGGGAAACUUAUGGACGCGGUGGAGAGACUGCCAGAGCUAUGUCACGGUUAUUACAGUAAUUAUCAAUUCUACAAAGCUGCGGAUGCUGUCAUCCAUGUUUUACAUUUAGCUAAUUUAUUCUUUGAAACACAAAAACCUUGGGAAUUAAAGAAAAAGAAUGCUCAAAAUGAAUUAGACACAGUUCUUUAUAUAACAACGGAAACAUUAAGGAUAUGUGCUAUUAUAUUACAACCUUUAAUACCGGAUCUGGCAACACAGUUGUUGGAUAAAUUACAAGUACCACAAGAUUGUAGAAGCUGGCAACACUGCGAAACUCCCUCGUGGACAGAUUGCGGUGUACAAUUAAAAUUGCAACCCGGAAAGUUUGUACUAUUCCAAAGAAUAUAUAUUGAUAAAAAAGCAAAGAAAAUUAAUGCUUAAUU